AUGAUCCGUUUUGGCAUCCCUCAUUCGAUCAUCACGGAUCAUGGGACGCAGUUUGACUGCCGCCCGUUUGAGAACUUUUGUGCUCGAAACCGCAUCAUAUGCACUAUGGCCUCGGUAGCAUACCCACAAACCAAUGGCCAUGCAGAAGCUUCCAACAAACUGAUUCUCCAAGGCUUGAAGAGGCGCCUCCGAGAAGCCAAAGGGGCAUGGACCACCGAGCUUCCCCACAUUCUAUGGGCACAUCGCACCACUCACAAGAUCGCCACGGGCGAAACUCCCUUUGCUUUAACGUAUGGCUCCGAGGCGGUUGCCCCAGAGGAGAUGAGCUUGCCCUCCCUUCGCGUUCAAGCCUACAAUCAAGAGCGCAAUCACAAAGAGCUGUUAGCACAACUAGACAUGAUAGAGUCAAGGCGCGACGCGGCCAUGGAACACAUCAUGCGGGAAAAAGCCAAAGUCGCGGCCUCUUACAACAAGAACGUGAAACCGCGACCUCUCGUGGAAGGAGACAUGGUCCUCAAGCUUGACUUUCAAAGGAAGGAUGAACAUGGCAAGUUGGCCGCCACAUGGGAGGGGCCAUUCCUCAUUGGAGAGAAAUAA